AAUGGCAGUCAGAGGGAGGCUUUGAUAUUACAUUCGUAAACCAAUCUCGUGGUUAAAAGUUAUCAAUUUAUGAAUAUGCGAAUUGUAACUUUCAACCGCAAGAUUAUUGCAGGACUGCUUGCCUGCCUCGUAAUCGCAAUUAUAUGGACAAUAUCUCGCCCAACAAGAUCUACCACUCAUGAUCGUUUCAAAAACGGAAAAACAAACUCUAUAAAGAGAUUUCCUACAGUGAAGAGCACAGAAGAAAUAGUUGCAACUGUACUUGUCAUCGCCUGCAACAGACCAGAAGUGGAGAGAAGCCUUGACAGUUUACUGAGGUUUCGAACAUCGGAAAGAAAGUUUCCCGUGGUUGUCAGCCAAGACUGCGGACACGAGGAGACAGCUCAAGUUAUAGCCUCUUACGGAGACAAAAUCAUGUAUGUAAGACAUCCCGACGUAUCUGAUAUCACUGUGCCAAGAGGUUCAGAUAGUUUAAAGGGAUACUACAAACUAUCAAGACACUAUAGAUGGGCUUUAUCGCGGGUUUUUGAUGUGCUUCAUCAAGAUACGGUUAUUGUUGUUGAAGAUGAUUUGGAGAUUGCUCCUGAUUUCUUUGAAUACUUUGAGGCUACUAAAGCACUGCUUGACAAAGACCCUACACUGUGGUGUGUAUCAGCAUGGAAUGACAAUGGUAAAACUGGCAGGGUGAAGGGUAAUGAUUUGCUCUACCGAACUGAUUUUUUUCCUGGACUAGGAUGGAUGUUGAAAAAAUCUCUCUGGGAGGAGCUGGCACCUAAGUGGCCUGCAGCUUUUUGGGAUGACUGGAUGCGGCAUCCAGAGCAGAGACAUGACCGUGCUUGCAUUCGUCCUGAGAUACCUCGGGUGGUGACAUUUGGAAGGAUAGGAGUUAGUCGGGGCCAAUUCUUUGAUGAGCAUCUUAAGUAUAUAAAAUUGAACAAUGAAUUUUACCCCUUUACAGAGAGAAAUUUGACAUACCUCAUGAAAGAUGUAUAUGAUCCCAUGUUCAUCAAUACAGUGUACAAAUCACCAUUAGUUUCAUUUGAUUAUUUUCACUCAGGUCAUGUGAUGCCUGCUCCAUCAGUAAGAGUUCAGUAUGAAUCUGAGGAAACCUUUAGGUCAUUAGCAAAUCAGCUAGGAAUUAUGAACGAUAUUAAGGCAGGUGUACCGAGAAUGGCAUACCGAGGUGUGGUCAGCUUUAUGUACAAAAAUCUGAGAGUUUAUCUAGCACCACCCAGAAAUUGGAAUGGAUAUGAAUACCAUGAAUGAUUCUUAUUAGAAGUACUCCAGGAUGUGACAGCUAUGUUUUGACAGUUAAAAAUGAACCUAAAUUAGAUUCUCUGGAUGUAGUUUGCUGUACAGAAAACUACGUUCAGAGCAUAGGUGACUCUGUGGUUUAUUUUGAAGAAUUUCACUUGAAAUUUUUUCCAGCUCCAUGUUAGCCAUACAGUAUAUGACCUGCAUAUAGAUAGUUUUGUCCUCACACUCGGUAAGUUGCUGUACUGAGAGGGUACUCUGUGGUGUACUAUUUCCAGUGAGGGGAGGGAAGGAAGGAAAUCUAGAUAAGAAUUAUAGUUAACUGUUUUAAAAGUAAAUAAUAAAUAUGAUCACCUUUUUAAAGAGAAACUACUUAAAGAUAAGUCAAAGUAAUUGAUUUAUUGUACAGUUUGAGAAAGGUUUAAUUACAGGUUUUAAGAUUUUGCUUCAAUAACCAAAGCAAUAAUUUAUUUAAAAAAAUGAUUGUAUGGAAAUCAGUCUAGCUGGUGUAUUAAGGAGAAACUAUUAUUGACUAAUUGAAGCAAUUGACUUUUUAUACUGUUUGAAAGAAGUUCGACUACAGCUUUAAAGAUUUUUCUACAAUGUU